AAAAUCAUUAUAAACAUUUAGGGUUUUUGCGUCUCUCUGUACUCUUGGUUUCUUCAGAGGCAGCCGCUGGUCCAGUAGCACAGAGAGAAAGAGAAAGAGAGAGCGAGAAAGAGGUUCAGAAAAUGAAGACAAUUCUAUCAUCGGAGACGAUGGACAUCCCGGAGGGGGUGAAGAUCAAGGUUAACGCCAAGAUCAUUGAGGUCGAAGGUCCCCGAGGUAAGCUUAUCCGCAACUUCAAGCACCUCAACCUCGAUUUCCAGCUCAUCACCGACGAAGAAACCGGCAAACGCAAGCUCAAGAUCGAAGCCUGGUUCGGUUCCCGCAAGACCAGCGCCGCCAUCCGUACCGCUCUCAGCCACGUCGAGAAUCUCAUCACCGGCGUCACCAAGGGUUACCGCUACAAAAUGAGGUUCGUCUACGCUCACUUUCCCAUCAAUGCCUCCAUCACCAAUGGCAACAAGAGCAUCGAGAUUCGCAACUUUUUGGGUGAAAAGAAGGUGAGAAAGGUGGAUAUGCUUGAGGGAGUUACCAUUCAACGGUCGGAGAAGGUUAAGGACGAACUUGCUUUGGAUGGCAAUGAUAUUGAACUCGUCUCUCGGUCCGCUGCUCUCAUAAACCAGAAAUGCCAUGUCAAGAACAAAGAUAUCCGGAAGUUCCUUGAUGGUAUUUAUGUUAGCGAGAAGGGUACCAUAGUGGAGGAAGAAAAUUGAUAUGCUGUUACGCGAAUAUUCUUGGUUUUUUGAGAGUUAGUUUAUUUUCUUUCUACAAGUUCGUUUGGAAUGAUAGAUAAUUUUGUAUUGUGGAAGUUAUCACAACUUUUUUGUUGGUUAAACUAAACGUGUUUGUCUUUUCCCUAUGACUGCUUUCAAAUGUUGUAGCAUGCUUUACCAUUAAUUUUACAGACUCGAUAAUUUGCUCA